AUGCACUUUCUUGACUCCUCCUAUUUCCGAGAUCAUGGCACAAGCCGGACCUUACCAUCUCCCGUCGAAGUUCUAGCGCGCUCACUCAUCAAUCAGCGACCGAGCAAUCCUCCGCCCGUCAAAUUUGAGGAGCUUAACCUUAUCGUCAAGUUUGGGCCAACGAUCUCUACUUCAGAGGCUCUAUGUCUUUGGGCAAUCAGGAAAUUCCUCUACGGUCAGGUACCUGUGCCUGAAGUGUAUGGAUGGGAUAGCGAUGGACGACAUGUGUUUAUAUAUAUGGAGCUUAUCCAUGGCGUUACACUUUUUGAGCGGUACGAUUCACUGUCUUCUGAUGAUAAACGAGCAAUAUGCCAGAGUCUUCGGACGAUCAUGUCGCAGCUUCGUGCUAUAAGGCAAAGUCCAUCAAAUCAAGUGAUCGGCUCUAUCACACAUGGACCUCUACAAGAUCGCAUACUAGACAGUUAUCCAGGGACAGGGCCAUUCCCUAGCGUUAGAGAAUUUCACGACCAUUUGUCAUGGUUGUGGCGUCGUAUUGCCCCAGAGCCGGAAAAAGUGUCAGACCCUUGGAGGAAGUCUUUGCCAGAUGACGGUCCUAUAGUUUUUACGCAUUCUGAUCUUCACCGAAAAAAUAUUAUUAUUACGUCUACGACUCCUACAAGAGUCCUAAGCAUUGUUGACUGGGAACAGGCUGGGUGGUAUCCUGACUACUGGGAGUAUUGCAAGGCUACGUAUUCUGUCGGCGACUGGGAAGACUGGCGAUGUGGCGGAUGGAUCGACUCUUUCCUUACCCCACAUCCACAAUCCAAGGAAGCUUGGGACUUCACCUGCAAUAGUAUUGGGGGGUUCUGA